GGACGGGCGGGCGAGGACGUAGACGGACGCGGCCGCGUCAUCUCUAAGCGCCGGCCGUGGGCUCCGCGCCGGGACCCCGGUGCUGAGACGGAGCGGCCGCCUCUUCUGGGUCCGCCCGCAGCGGGGCUCCUCCUUCUGCCGCUGCCCCGCCGCCCCCUCGUGCGCGCUCUCUUAUUUAUUUAUUUUUUUUUUAAAGAUUUUUAUUUAUUUAUUUGAGAGAGAGAAUGAGAGACAGCAUGAGAGGGAGGAGGGUCAGAGGGAGAAGCAGACCCCCCGCCGAGCAGGGAGCCCGAUGCGGGACUCGAUCCCGGGACUCCGGGAUCAUGACCUGAGCCGAAGGCAGUCGCUCAACCGACUGAGCCACCCAGGCGCCCCCUCUGUUUCAUGGUUUUAAGUUUAUUUAUUUAUUUAUUUUAUUUUUUAAUUUUUUUAUUUUUUUAUAAGUUUAUUUAUUUUUAUUUUAUUUUAUUUUUAAGAUUUUUAUUUAUUUAUUGAGAGAGAUAGUGAUAGAGAGAGAGCACGAGAUGGGGGAGAAUCAGAGGGAGAGGCAGACCCCCCGCCGAGCAGGGAGCCCGAUGCGGGACUCGAUCCCGGGGCUCCGGGACCUUGACCCGAGCCGAAGGCAGUCGCCCAACCGACUGAGCCACCCAGGCGCCCCCUCUGUUUCAUGGUUUUAAGUUUAUUUAUUUAUUUAUUUUAUUUUUUAAUUUUUUUAUUUUUUUAUAAGUUUAUUUAUUUUUAUUUUAUUUUAUUUUUAAGAUUUUUAUUUAUUUAUUGAGAGAGAUAGUGAUAGAGAGAGAGCACGAGAUGGGGGAGAAUCAGAGGGAGAGGCAGACCCCCCGCCGAGCAGGGAGCCCGAUGCGGGACCCGAUCCCGGGGCUCCGGGACCAUGACCCGAGCCGAAGGCAGUCGCCCAACCGACUGAGCCACCCAGGCGCCCCCGCGCUCUCUUAUUUAUUAAUUUGGCAGAGCGAGCGAGCACCCCCGAGCGGGGGGAGCGGGGAGCCGACGACGGCGUGGGGAGGGGGCGGCUCGGGUUUCGGGGGACAGAGCUUCGGUUCGGGAAGGUGGAGAGUUCCGGAGUCGGACGGCGGGGAUGGGUGUGCGACCGCACAGACGUCCUUAAGGCUGCGCAGCUGGGCACCCAGCACUGGGUCAGAUGGAAAAUGUUACGCGUUUUACCGCAAUAAAAGCAGAGUCAUUAAAGAAAAACCCAGCAGAGCAGCUCUGCGGCAGCGCGAUGUCCGGCGCACCCGGGGCCGGGCGGCGGGGUCUCGUCUCGCGGACACACGAGGCCGAAGUGAUAGUUCAGUAAGCGCCGCUGAGAACCGGACGAGAGCUCGAGGGCGACAGCGGUGCGGGACGGGCCGCCACUGGGGGCGCUCCUGCUGGGUCUUCUCCAAGGACCACCACCCGGAGCUCCAGUCGUGCGAUGUCCCCGCGGAGCGGCGCGACCGCGUCUCCGUUGAACGUGUCGUCGGAGGUUUGAGGCCGACGAGGGGUCUGGGUGGGGUCGCGUGUCUCCGCUCUCGUCGGCCUCAGCGUUUGUGCAGUUUCUGCUGGGCCCCGCCGUGUCGCCCCUCCCUCUGUGUCCCCGCGGAGCCCCGCCGCUCCCUUACCACCUGUGCAGCACCCGCCUCGAGGAGCGGAAGGGAGACAGACCUCGGCCUGAGCACCGGUUUCAGGAGGUGGGGCAGGCUCCCCAGCCGGCUGUCUAGAGCACGACUCCGUCGCGUGUCUGGGGGGACGCCCAAAGCGCUACCCCCCAACUGUUUCAAAGCCCAGACAUCGGCCAGAGCGGUGGGCAGGAGAAAAAAGGCAUCCAGACUGGACAGAAGCAGCAAAACUCUCUGUUCAGAGAGGUCACCACCUUACUGCAGAAAACCGUAGAGAUGCCACUGAGCAAACCACAGUCCGUUGGAGCUAAUAAAGUCUGGACCGGAGCCUGAUGGGGUGGACCAUCAUAUCCCACAAUCUCAGAGGCAGCGAUUGGUGGGGCUCUGCAGAGUGGGGCCAUCACAGCCAGAACUGAGGCCCGCAACGCAGCCCACUUUGGGGGCAACCUGUCCUGCGCAGGUGCGCUGGGCUGGGCGGGAGGGAGCUGGGCUGGGCCCCAGGCCCCCUGGGGUGGGCCUCCUGCAGGGGGCAGGGGAGGCAGGGACCCAGGCCUCAUGGGGCACAGCCACUGCGGACCAGGGCGGGGAGUUCCCCCAGAAGCCCCAGGAAGCGAGCACUGGAGCGAUCCCCAUGCGCAUCCCUGGCCUCGAAUGAUCCAGUCACAAUUUGAAAACUAAAACUGCUUGAAAGCAUGGCUCAAUUCGGAGGCUCUAUCCUGGGGCGGAAUCAGGAAACGAUGGAACGACCCCAGGUGUGACUGAGUCUGGUCUGGAACACUCCAGCAAUCCCAGGGGAAGGGGGAUUGCUUCCUCUGAAAUAAGGCUAAUGUGAGGACAAGGUGCAGCAAUGUGGGAGGGAGGCGAACAGGACACCACCCCUCCCCAGCUUUUAUGAUUUUAUUUUAAUUCCAGGAUCGUUAACAUACCCUGUCAUACUAGCUUCAGGAGUACAAUGUCGUGAUACUUUUAAAAGAAUGAAGCAUGAUCUGAGCUCCAGAGCGCCAGCUUCCGGGAAGACCUGCUCCCCAAACCAGACAGAGGGGAGUGGUUUGGAUGCUGCCCACUUGCAGUCACAUUUGGUUGACGCAGGCAGCCGGGUCCGAGAACCCAGAGGGAGUCCCGCAGGACCAGCCCAGCGGGUCCCCGGCACCGUGCAGGAUAGAAGUCAAAACGUGAGCCAGCAGGAGGCGAGCAGAAUUUACUGACGGUAUGGAGAGAGGACAGGUACAGGCAGUGUCUGGGAGAUCCAGAAAGGAAAGGAGAGAGCGCCUCUUCUUUGCUCAGGGUCUGUGGUUUUUAUCGAGGAUUAUGGACUGGUGUACCUGUCCUCUCUGGAACUAGUUAGAACCAGGACAAGGGCCCAGGUGUCCUUCAUAAAACAAUGAUUGCUUGGGACCCUGGGGGCUCGGUGUGGAGUUGUCCAGAGCCGGUGGUCUGGAAUGUGCCUACGAUGGCUUCACCCAGUCCUUCCUUAGGUGUUGUCUGUUGUGCUGGAAGACUCUAAGGAAAUCAUGAGCUCCUUGUCCUUACAGGGAGGACAGACAACUAUCUGCACUAUGAGGCCUGUGUGAAGUGGGGGUUCAGGUCCUCGCAAGAGUAGAAGCAGGUAAAGGAGCAAAACCCAGAAUUUUAUGGUGUCCUCAUGGUGAAGCCCGCACCUCUUGGUGAAGCCCGGUUCAGGGUGUGUGUCCCCAGACAACCACAAUUUCUGCUUUGCCGACCGGAGCGUGAGGUUCCCGUGCUGUGGCUGACGGCCCUGUUCCUGCUCAGCUUGAAUUCAGGUUCCAACUGACUUUUUAGAUUUAAAACAAUCUCCCCCAUCUCUGAGGGAAAAAAAAAGACAAACCUCAAAAAGAAAGUGUUGUAGGGUCGGCCUUAUCAUCUAGGACAGGACUUGGGGUUUUCUUGGUUUUGACACUGUUUGACAAGUCUUAGUCAGAAGAGGGGUGACAGCACAUGGCGUUAGAAGUACUUAGAACCACAGAGAGGGUUUGAGCUGACGAAAAAUGGAUGUGUCAAAAGUGAACACACACAUCCACACCAAAGCUUGUACACAGAUGUUCGUGGCACCUUUAUCCACAGUAGCCGAAGAGUGGGUACAGGCCCAACGCCCUUCACAGGGGGCAUGAACAAAUACAAGGUGGCACCACACACUCCCCACACAGGAAGAGGUGGGGCAGGGUGGACAACACCGAUCCGUCUUUGGCCUCCGUCCUGUUCAGCGAGUCCUGUUCAGCGAGGAUCGAGGAUCGUCGACUGCUCCACCCCCCCGGCAGGGAGUCGCCCUGAGCAAACUGAGUAAACCGUGGGGAUGGCCGGCUCCGAUUUCUGGUCUCAAAGUGCCUUCUCAGUCUGGGGGAUACCUUGCCUCCCGCCCCUGCCACAACAUAGGGGCACCUGAAACAUUACCUGAACGAAGCCAGACACAGAAGGACACCUGUUGCAUGAUUCUAUUUAUGGAAAUGUCCCAGUAGGCCAAUCCGGAGAGACAGAAAAUUGAUUGGUAUUUUCCAGGA